UCCGCCCACUGCAUCCAUAUUCAUGAGCUGAGCGCCCUGCGUGCCAUCCGCGGCCCUUACGCGAUGACGCAACGUGACAACUGCGGGUCCCGAUUGCUGCAGCCGCUUGUCAGUGUGACGAAGAUUGGCACUCAGGUGUCUCGUCUGCGGUCUCUAUAAUGCUCCAGCUCCUGCAGUGUGAGCAGUGAACCAUGGCAGCCCAGGUUUCUAUAGACAAGUAUCAGAAAGGAGAGCAACAGAUGCAGGGCGGUGUGAAGGUGGACAGUGAGUCUGAUCAGAAGUUCAUGGAGGGGACACUGUCUGAUGACCACAGUCCCAACACAGAACCACAGAGCCCCAUGGACGCAGACAAAGCCUCCAUCUACAGACACCCUCUGUUCCCGCUGCUGGCCCUGCUGUUUGAGAAGUGCGAGCAGUCCACCAUGAGCUCGGACUGCAUCACGUCGGCCAGCUUUGACGUGGACAUCGAGAACUUCGUGAGGAACCAGGAGAAGGAGGGCAAGCCCUUCUUCAGCGAGGACCCCGAGCUGGACAACCUGAUGGUGAAGGCCAUCCAGGUGCUGAGGAUCCACCUGCUGGAGCUGGAGAAGGUCAGUGACUUGUGUAAAGACUUCUGCAGCCGCUACAUCGCCUGUCUGAAGACCAAGAUGAACAGUGAGACGCUGCUGAGCGGAGAGCCCGGCAGCCCCUACUCCCCUGUGCCCGGACAGGCCCAGGGCUUCUCCCCCACCAAGACCCCGACGUCCAACUCUCUGGGGGCCCUCAGUCCUCAGGGACAGAUCGUGGUCCCGGCCUCAGCGCUGCAGCAGGGCAACGUCACAGUGACAGCAGUCAACCCCACACAGGUGGUGGCAGGAGGCACCGUGUACCAGCCCGUCACCGUGGUUACUCCUCAGGGUCAGGUGGUCACACAGGCCCUGUCCCCCGGAACCAUACGCGUCCAAAACAAUCAGCUCCAGCUCCAGUUCCACCAGGACAUGAACCUCUUCAAUCACGACGACAGCUCCUCCAAGAACAAGCGCGGCGUCCUGCCCAAACACGCCACCAACGUCAUGCGCUCGUGGCUCUUCCAGCACAUCGGACACCCUUACCCCACAGAGGACGAGAAGAAGCAGAUCGCGUCCCAGACCAACCUGACGCUCCUGCAGGUCAACAACUGGUUCAUAAACGCACGGAGGCGGAUCCUGCAGCCCAUGUUAGACGCCAGCUCCUCCGAGACGCCCAAAACCAAGAAGAAGACUCCUCAGAACAGACCGCUGCAGCGCUUCUGGCCCGACUCCAUCGCAGGAGGACCCACACAGCAGGUCACCAUGCCAGACGGCACCAUGGUGACGAUGAGCAUGGAGGGUCUGCAGAGCCUGACGUCAGACGGGGCCACGCUGGCCGUGAGGGAGGUGAUGCUGGGGGGACACAGUGAGGACGAGUCAGGGGACAGUGAGGAUGAUGACGACAUGUCCGGGCUGGGCCUGGACCAGGACCCUCUGCAAUAGAGCUGCUGUCCUCUACUGUCCUCUUCUGCCCCCUACUGUCCACUCGAGCCCAUUCAGACCCUGUUCAGACCCUGUUCAGACCCUGUUCAGACCCUGUUCAGACCCUGUUCAGACCCUGUUCAGACCCUCCCCCUCGUACACAUGUGGAGCUGGAGCAGAGGACUCUUCGUGCUCACUCCACUGUGUCAGUCCCACACAUUUGAUCAAAGCCACGGUCUGGUCUGUGGCCUCUUUGGGCAAUCUGCGCUUAAGAGAAUCGUUUAGUGAAGCUUCUGCUGUAGGAGUGAAACUUGUGACCCGCAGAACCGAGCUAAUGUCGGCUCUGUGGGUCGGCUCCAGCACAUUUAAUCCGUUUAGAUUUCACACAGGUCAAAGCUGUAAGAGGUUAAACUCUACUGUGGAGCACAAUUAUAAAUGAAUGGCGCUGGGAAAGGCUCUGUGUAGUUUAUUCUUGAGGACAUUUGAUUUGAGACGUCUGACAGAGCAGCCUCACACGCCUUGGCCACGUCCUGUAAUCCUGUUGCUGUACUGGACCGAGUCUGAGUGAAGGGGCAGUGCACUGGACUCUGGGUCUGAAUGGGGCCGCUCCGCACACAGACUAAGGACAUUUCAGAACGCCUUUUUUUUUUUUUUUUUUUUUUUAAGUAUUUAGUUGAUGUAGACGAGUGCACUUUUUGUAUAUUUAAGCUGAAAAGAAGAAGCAGGCCCAGGCAGGAGCAGUGUUGAGAACACAGGCUCCUCCAGGUCCUGUCGGCAGGCUCUCCCUGGCCGCUGCCGUCCGCCCGCCCGUCGUCUCAUUUUGGAUGCCAACACUUAAAGUGGUUUGUGUAAGGGUUUGUCCUCACGUUUGCAUGCUUGUGUUUGAGUAGAUGUGCACUCCAAGACUGACUCCACCCAGAAAAAACUGUGGAGAGAUGCUUAUUUUUAUAUACCAACAUGACUAGUGUUUCAUUUUGUGUUCUGUUUUGUAAGGAAUAUUUAUGUACAGAUUCAUAAUUAAACUAGUGACCCUGUUUUCCAGGGUUUGUGAAGUUUUCUAAAAUACAAAUUUGAAUGCUAAUGAGAAUUGCUAUUUAAAUUGGUUUUAACCUUCGAGACUAAUACAAGGCCUUAUCUUAUGGUUUGUUUUAUAGAGAAAAUUGUUGCCAGGAAAAAGCACAAAGAAAAGGUGAACUGGUCAAAGACACUAACUGGUCCAGGCCGGUCGGGACGGCGGAGUUUCGGCGCGUUUCCGGUCGGCGUUAUCUGCAGGAGGUCCGCGCAAAAGCCACGAACGCUGCGCUUGAUUGAGCCGGGAUUUAGUCUGGAAAUUUACCCGCUUUUCGUUUCUAUUGUUUCUAAAUUAAUACGACUUUUGAGUAACUUUAUUGCACUUUUUAUCAAGGUUCGUCGUCGAAUAAAAAACACACGUGGAGUUCAAAACCUCGUGACGUCAUUGUGAAAGUUCGUACAUUUUCACUCGCCUUAUUUUAUUAUUUUUUUACCUCCCCUUAGACGCAUCAAAACUAAAAGGCAGCUGUUGUUUUUAGCCUAAUUUGAACUGCUACAACUCUCCAGCAAACCCUUGAUUUUUAUGCUCUAGACUAGAACCUGUAAAUUAUUAUUUUUAAAUUUUUUGUACAUAAAUUGCUGAAACUUGCGUAAUAUUUUAGUUUUGAUACGAUACCAAGUAAUUCUAUGAUUAGUAUCGCAAAAUUGAUACGAUUCUCAUGAGUUUUGUAUUAAAAAAGAUUGAACCUCGUUUACUUUUAAAGAAUUUUUACCUUGACGCGUGGAGGCUGUAAUUAUCCUCGCUCCAUCUCAGCUGAUCCAAAUGUUAAAUUAAAGUCCAGAUAAAGUAGCGAUAAAAAAAAAAAAAUGUGGUAACACUUUAUUUUAGGAUACACGUACUACCUUCUAGUCGUAAAUGCUUAAUUUGUCAUUAAUUAGUGUUUAUUCAGCUUUUAUUAAUGUCUAAUUCCCCUUAAGCUUAUUCUGCUUUUAGUUAGACAUUUAGACUUUCCUACAAUCCAAUCCAAUUUUAUUUGUAUAGCACAUUUUAUAAACAAGACCGUUUCCAAAGUGCUUUACAUUGCAAUGCAAAACAUAAAAAAAAAAAUUAAUAAACAAAUAAAACAAAUUGCAGAUUUAUGUUUCAACCAUGAGAAAACUAAUAGAAUCAAUAAAUAAAAUAAUAAUAAUAAAAUCAAUGAAUAAAAAUAAUAAAAUCAAUACAUAGAAAUAUAAAAUAGUUAAAAACAAUAAAUAAAUAAAUUUUUUAAAAAAGACACAGAUCCUAUUAAUAUACUUCUUGCUUGUUGCUUAUUAAGAUGAUACUAGGCAAUUUUUGUUUAUUUUGAUUUUAGAACCACAAAAAAAUGUAGUUUUUACGUAUUUGCGCCAAAAGCUUAUUAGAAUCAUAAUUCAUGGACAAAAAUGAUCUACUAUCAUAUUAAUAAGCAGUAAAAAAAAAAAAGUGUU